CAGGACUAAACUGAGCCGCUGAGCGCAGAAGAGGAAACGCGGAAGUGAGCUCAGUGUAAACAAUCCAGUCAUCUGUGAUGUGUUAUUACAAGUGAAAAGCCUCUAGUUUGAAGUCAGUGGCUCCCUGUGUGCGGCCAACAUGCCUUAUCUGGGCGGCGAGGAGACUGUGAGGGAGCUGAGGAGGGCUCUGUCCAACCCCAACGUCCAGUCCGACCAGCUCCGAUACAGAAACACCAUCCUGAAAGUCAUCAGGGCGAUGUCACAAGGCGUGGACAUGUCUGGUCUGUUCAGUGAGAUGGUAAAAGCCUGUGCCACAGUGGAUGUGGUCCAGAAGAAGCUGGUCUACGUAUUCCUGUGUUCCUAUGCCGCCUUAAAUCCGGAGCUGUCCCUGCUGGUCAUCAACACGCUGAGGAAAGACUGUCAGGAUCCGAACCCGAUGGUCCGCAGCCUGGCUCUGAGGAACAUGACCAACCUCAGGUUACCCAGCUUGGUGGAGUACGUGGAGCAGCCGUUAACAGCAGGGCUCAGAGACAGGGCGGCUUGUGUGCGACGAGUGGCGGUACUCGGCUGGGCUAAACUUCACAAUCUCCAGCCCAGCUCUGAGAUAGACGCCGCGGUGGUGAACGAGCUCUACAGCCUGCUGAGGGACCCGGACCCGGUGGUGAUGGUGAACUGCCUCCGAGCUCUGGAGGAGAUCCUGAAGGACGAAGGAGGAGUGGCCAUCAACAAACCCAUCACCCAUCACCUCCUCAACAGGCUGAAGGAGUGUGACAUCUGGGGUCAGUGCGAGGUGCUGAGGGUCCUCCAGCGCUACCGGCCCCAGUCAGAGGACGAGCUCUUCGACAUCCUGUCCCUGCUGGACGCCUCCCUGGUCAGCCCACAUCCGCCCGUCAUGGCUGCCACCCUCAGCCUCUUCCUCAGCCUCUGCUCCGGCCAGCCCGCCGUCAAUCUGGCCGCCCUCGAGCGAGUUCGUGGACCGCUGCUGGCUGCAUGUGGCAGUGGAUCCAGAGAGAUGAGGUUUACUGCCCUCUGCCACAUACAGCUGCUGUUACGUUCCAUCCCCGGCCUGAUGGGGGCGCACUACAAACGCUUCUUCUGUGGCUAUGCCGAGCCGGCCUACAUCAAGCAACGGAAGAUGCAGGUGCUGGUGGAGCUGGUAAAUGAUGAGAACGUAGCGAUGUUACUGGAUGAGCUGAAGGGAUACUGCACGGACGUCAACACUGACACUGCACAGGCAGCAAUCUCAGCUAUAGGUCGAAUUGGACGCAGCUACAGUGACAGAUGUCUAGAGAUCCUCACCGGACUGCUCGGCCUAAAGCAAGAUCACAUUACUUCUGCGGUGGUGCAGACGAUGCGUGAUCUGGUCUGGGUGUGUCCUCAGUGCAGCGACACUGUUUGCUUUGCUCUCGAGGGCUGCGAGGAGACGCUGCAGGACAGUCAGGGCAGGCAGGCUUUGCUGUGGCUGUUGGGCGUAUACGGCGAGCGAGUCUCCAGCGCCCCCUACACUCUGGAAGUGUUCAUCGAUGGAGUGAGGAGUGAAGCGUCUCUAGGAGUCAAGAUGGAGCUGCUAACAGCCACCAUGAGACUGUUUCUAUGCCGACCUGCUGAGACUCAGGACAUGCUUGGAAGACUGCUGCACUACUGCAUAGAGGAGGAGACAGACAUGUGUGUUCGUGACCAGGCGCUCCUCUACUACCGACUGUUGCAUUGUGGGAUAGAGGAAACACGAAAGGUCCUUCAGGGACGGAGGUCGGACCCGUCCCUGGGUGUUUUGAUCGGCCGCCCCGCUGAACCUGUCAGCCAAUGGGCUCGCAGCUUUAACACCCUGGAGCCUCUGAGGCAGGGCUCCAUAGAGACGGAGUCGGCCAGCAGGGGAAGCCCUGAACACACCACAUUUGACCCAAAGCCAAACGCUGACCUCUCCGACACACUGGACUGCAGCCACAUUGAGAAGGUUCAUUCAGACAGUGAUGGUCGGUGUUUAGACUCCUCUGCUGAUAUUCUGGCUUCCAGUGUCGCCGCCCCCCUCAGCUUGUCCCUCUUCCCAGCCCUCAGCCCAGAGGAGUUUGAGCGCCUGUGGCUACAGCAACGGGCCCUGCAUGCUGAACAAGAAGAGGCAGAGGAGGAGGAUUUUGUGUGGAUGGAAGAAUGUGUCCGAUGCCCGACGAUACCUUGCUGCUCCCCGCAAAGCCUCCAGGCUGCCAUGCAGUUGGUCAACAUCCAGACGCUGGCCUUCACACCGCCGCAGACGCUUCCGUGGAGGGUUUACCUGUACACACACACCUGUUUGGACGACUCGCCCCACAGCACGCUCAUACUGGGGGAACUGCUGUACACCGGGGAGGAGCCUCAGAAAGCAGAAGUAAAUAAAGGCUCGGCUGAUGGAGAAGUCGGCGUGGAAGGCACUGAAGACGAACAGGCGAGGCAGGGAACGGAGGCAACAGCUGACGGAGGACAGGAAACUGUAAAAGUGACUCUUAGGCAGCAGCCAAGAGAUGACAAAGCUCUGAAGGGCUUCAUGUCAAUCCUUACCACUGUGCUGCACACACUGUCCUCAGAGAAAGCCUAAAUAUCUGCUUUCAUGAUGCAGCGCCACCAUCAGGACAAACAUGGCUCAAAGAGAACUAUUCUUUAAUCUGCAUAUCGUGGCGAGCUCUGAA